AUGGUGCGAGACGCGUGGGUGUUCUUUACGGGCCGGCAGGACUCGGAGUUGGUGCGGCAGACCAAGCGACUGCAGUUCGAAGCCGCUAAGUUGAGGGCCUUGAGAGUGGCACAGCAGCAGGUGGUGGAGGAGACAGCGUUGGAGCAUGUGAGGCGGGUGGUGGGGGAGAUGGAGCAGCUGAAGCAGCAGCUUGAUGGCAUGGGUGGUGGGAUGGUGUGGGGUGGUGGGAUGGUGAGGGGUGGUGGGAUGGUGUGGGGUGGUGGGAUGGUGUGGGGUGGUGGGAUGGUGUGGGGUGGUGGGAUGGUGUGGGGUGUUGUGAUGGGUGGUGGGAUGGUGUGGGGUGGUGGGAUGGUGUGGGGUGGUGGGAUGGUGUGGGGUGGUGGGAUGGUGUGGGGUGGUGGGAUGGUGUGGGGUGGUGGGAUGGUGUGGGGUGGUGGGAUGGUGUGGGGUGGUGGGAUGGUGUGGGGUGGUGGGAUGGUGUGGGGUGGUGGGAUGGUGUGGGGUGGUGGGAUGGUGUGGGGUGGUGGGAUGGUGUGGGGUGGUGGGAUGGUGUGGGGUGGUGGGAUGGUGUGGGGUGGUGGGAUGGUGUGGGGUGGUGGGAUGGUGUGGGGUGGUGGGAUGGUGUGGGGUGGUGGGAUGGUGUGGGGUGGUGGGAUGGUGUGGGGUGGUGGGAUGGUGUGGGGUGGUGGGAUGGUGUGGGGUGGUGGGAUGGUGUGGGGUGGUGGGAUGGUGUGGGGUGGUGGGAUGGUGUGGGGUGGUGGGAUGGUGUGGGGUGGUGGGAUGGUGUGGGGUGGUGGGAUGGUGUGGGGUGGUGGGAUGGUGUGGGGUGGUGGGAUGGUGUGGGGUGGUGGGAUGGUGUGGGGUGGUGGGAUGGUGUGGGGUGGUGGGAUGGUGUGGGGUGGUGGGAUGGUGUGGGGUGGUGGGAUGGUGUGGGGUGGUGGGAUGGUGUGGGGUGGUGGGAUGGUGUGGGGUGGUGGGAUGGUGUGGGGUGGUGGGAUGGUGUGGGGUGGUGGGAUGGUGUGGGGUGGUGGGAUGGUGUGGGGUGGUGGGAUGGUGUGGGGUGGUGGGAUGGUGUGGGGUGGUGGGAUGGUGUGGGGUGGUGGGAUGGUGUGGGGUGGUGGGAUGGUGUGGGGUGGUGGGAUGGUGUGGGGUGGUGGGAUGGUGUGGGGUGGUGGGAUGGUGUGGGGUGGUGGGAUGGUGUGGGGUGGUGGGAUGGUGUGGGGUGGUGGGAUGGUGUGGGGUGGUGGGAUGGUGUGGGGUGGUGGGAUGGUGUGGGGUGGUGGGAUGGUGUGGGGUGGUGGGAUGGUGUGGGGUGGUGGGAUGGUGUGGGUGGUGGAUGGUGUGGGGUGGUGGGAUGGUGUGGGGUGGUGGGAUGGUGUGGGGUGGUGGGAUGGUGUGGGGUGGUGGGAUGGUGUGGGGUGGUGGGAUGGUGUGGGGUGGUGGGAUGGGAUGGUGUGGGGUGGUGGGAUGGUGUGGGGUGGUGGGAUGGUGUGGGGUGGUGGGAUGGUGUGGGGUGGUGGGAUGGUGUGGGGUGGUGGGAUGGUGUGGGGUGGUGGGAUGGUGUGGGGUGGUGGGAUGGUGUGGGGUGGUGGGAUGGUGUGGGGUGGUGGGAUGGUGUGGGGUGGUGGGAUGGUGUGGGGUGGUGGGAUGGUGUGGGGUGGUGGGAUGGUGUGGGGUGGUGGGAUGGUGUGGGGUGGUGGGAUGGUGUGGGGUGGUGGGAUGGUGUGGGGUGGUGGGAUGGUGUGGGGUGGUGGGAUGGUGUGGGGUGGUGGGAUGGUGUGGGGUGGUGGGAUGGUGUGGGGUGGUGGGAUGGUGUGGGGUGGUGGGAUGGUGUGGGGUGGUGGGAUGGUGUGGGGUGGUGGGAUGGUGUGGGGUGGUGGGAUGGUGUGGGGUGGUGGGUGGUGGUGGGGGUGGUGGGAUGGUGUGGGGUGGUGGGAUGGUGUGGGGUGGUGGGAUGGUGUGGGGUGGUGGGAUGGUGUGGGGUGGUGGGAUGGUGUGGGGUGGUGGGAUGGUGUGGGGUGGUGGGAUGGUGUGGGGUGGUGGGAUGGUGUGGGGUGGUGGGAUGGUGUGGGGUGGUGGGAUGGUGUGGGGUGGUGGGAUGGUGUGGGGUGGUGGGAUGGUGUGGGGUGGUGGGAUGGUGUGGGGUGGUGGGAUGGUGUGGGGUGGUGGGAUGGUGUGGGGUGGUGGGAUGGUGUGGGGUGGUGGGAUAUUGGUCUUGUAGGUGGAUGGCACUCAGGUUGCAGGGCUGCCUAG